AUGGGCGUACGCCUUAGCUUUACAAUUCCGGGGCUCCUUAACGUGUUGUUAGUGUCCUUCAUGUUCCUCUUGGUACAUCAGGAAAAAGGCCUAAACGAACAACCGCUUAGCACAAAAGAAGCAUGCAUAGAGUGUAGUCAAAAAAGAAAACUAGCAGCGUCCCCUCCUAGAAGAACAAUAAACGAUGAAAUCGAUGAAGAAGACGAGGCUGCCGGCCCGAGCAGAGGUAGUCGUAGUAGUAGUCGUCGUAGUAGUAGCAGUAGUAGUAGCAGUAGCAGUAGUAACCGUAGACAAGGCAAUGUAAGUAACAUGGAUGAACAUUAUGGACUAAACAAUGGACAAGCAGAGCGUACAAAAAAUGAAAAUGCAAUCGAUUAUGUACAUAACGAUAUAGAGGAAACAUACGAAUUACCUGAUUAUGACACAAUAAAGGAAAAAGAAAGGAGAAGAAAGGAAGACUAUGAUAACAACUCGUACGAAAUGAACGAAAACGAAUUCAUAAGAAGUAUAUCUGAGGAUGAAGUUAAUGAAAGAAUCAAAAGGUUAGGAGAAAGCGUAGAUGUUAAGGAGAUGUUUAUUAUUUGGAAUUAUGUGAAUGGGUUCGAAAGAACAAAAUAUAUUAACAUGGAAAAUAAUAUUAUUGAAUAUUGUGAGAACCUUGCAUCUGCUUAUAACGUAUCUAGAAAGACAAAAGCUGAACAAUGGAUUAAGGUGUACUAUUAUAUGAAAGAUGAACUGUUUUACAAGGAACGCAAAUUUUACAAGAAAUUAUAUAACUUUCUCGAGCAUGGGCCCAGCUCGAAGAAGCUAUUUUUAGAGUUCCUUAAUCAGACCAAACUCUCCUGGAGAAACUUCCGAAGGGACGUGAACAGCAUCUGCAUGGAGAUGCUGAACUCGACCUUGACGGGGUUUUGA